AUGGACGUGGACAGUGAGGAGUCAGAUAAAAAAUAUAUUGUCGAUAAUAAUGAAAGUGGUUCUUCUAAGGAUGAAAAAGAGUUUAUACCAAAGAUUCUUGUAGAUGGACCCAUUCAUUUCGGAAGGGCUCGUGCCGAUUACGAUUAUCUCAUAAAGCUUCUCUUGAUCGGCGAUAGUGGUGUUGGUAAAAGUUGCAUCCUUCUACGAUUCUCUGAUGGUUCUUUCACCACUAGUUUCAUCACAACCAUAGGUAUUGAUUUUAAGAUAAGAACGAUUGAGCUCGAUGGCAAACGGAUCAAGCUCCAAAUUUGGGAUACUGCAGGUCAGGAGCGGUUUCGAACAAUUACAACUGCUUACUAUCGCGGUGCAAUGGGAAUAUUACUAGUCUAUGACGUUACAGACGAAGCAUCAUUUAACAAUAUCAGGAAUUGGAUUCGCAACAUUGAGCAACAUGCUUCAGACAAUGUUAACAAGAUACUGGUAGGGAACAAAGCUGACAUGGAUGAAAGUAAAAGGGCCGUGCCGACAUCCAAGGGCCAAGAACUUGCUGAUGAGUAUGGGAUCAAAUUCUUUGAAACUAGUGCAAAGACAAAUUUUAAUGUGGAGGAAGUUUUCUUCUCAAUAGCAAGGGAUAUAAAACAAAGGCUUGCUGAUAGUGAUAACAAGGCAGAGCCUGCAGCGAUCAAAAUCAACACAGACCAGGGAGCCGGAGCUGGGGAGGCUGCACAAAAAUCAGGUUGUUGUGGUUGAAGGCCUAAUUUUACUGAUUGGAAGCAAGUUUACUUGUCCAAGAGCAAGAAGGACGAAAGAAAAAGAAAAAUAUAUGCAUGAUAAACAUGAAGCUGAUUAAUGCUUAACAUUUUCAAGGUGCCAUUCUUUAUAAAUUUUGCGCGUGGUGUAGUUUCUGAAUUUUUUAACAAGUUAUAUUAAUCCAAAACUAGAUUUGAUUAUGGUGAAUUCA